CGUCACCAUACAGUACGAUACCGUGACAGACCGACUGCAGUCAGUCCAGCAACUGGGACAGCAGUGUGUCGUUCUUAAACUUCCAUUGACGGCAGAAAAACAGCUUUUUUUGUGUGUGCUUUGACGUGACGUGAUGAGCGGCAGGGUUGGCGACCUCAGCCCGAAGCAGGCAGGGGCAUUGGAAGAGUUUCGAGAGAGGAUUCAGGACGUUCUUCCACUACUUCCUGCUCAUCAUGACCACUUCCUGUUGCGCUGGCUCAGAGCCAGGAACUUCAAUGUCAACAAAUCAGAGGCCAUGCUGAGAAAGCACCUUGACUUCAGGAAACACAUGAACGCAGACACAAUCACCACAGAAUGGCAGCCUCCAGAGGUGAUAGAGAAGUACCUGUCAGGUGGGAUGUGUGGGUACGACCGUGAGGGAAGCCCCAUCUGGUGGGAUGUCAUCGGCCCCAUGGACCCCAAGGGCCUCUUCCUGUCAGCGUCUAAACAGGACUUCAUCAAGUCUAAGAUCAGAGACUGUGAGAUUCUGCAGAAGGAGUGUGAGCUGCAGUCUGAGAGGUUGGGGAGACAUGUUGAAGCCAUCACUAUGAUCUAUGACUGUGAUGGUCUGGGUCUCAAACAUUUAUGGAAGCCUGCCAUCGAGACUUACGGAGAGAUCCUGACCAUGUUUGAAGACAAUUACCCAGAGGGCCUCAAGAGACUCUUUGUCAUCAAAGCCCCUAAGCUUUUCCCUGUGGCUUACAACCUCAUCAAGCACUUCCUGAGUGAGAUCACCCGCAACAAGAUCAUCAUCCUGGGGGCUAACUGGCAGGAGGUCUUGUUGAACUACAUAGACCCAGAGCAGCUUCCUGCCGCGUACGGAGGGAAACUCACCGACCCGGACGGGGACCCUCGCUGUAGGAACAAGAUCCACUACGCAGGGCCGGUACCUGCUUCCUACUUCGUGAGGGAGUCCGUGAAGGUGGAUUAUGAACAGUGUCUGACAGUCAGCCGAGGCUCCUCACAGCAACUGGAGUAUGAGAUACUCUUCCCUGGCUGUGUGCUCCGGUGGCAGUUUUCCAGUGAUGGGGCAGACAUCGGCUUUGGGGUGUUUAUGAAGGGUAAGAUGGGGCAGAGGCAGAACGCAUCGCAGAUGCAGGAGGUGGUUCCCAGCCAGAGAUACAAUACCCACCUGGUGCCUGAGGACGGCUCUCUCACCUGCAGCGAGCCUGGCAUCUAUGUGCUGCGGUUUGACAACACCUACAGUAUCUUCCAGUCCAAACGCAUUUGCUUUACGGUCGAGGUCCUGCUCCCCGGCCAAUCGCAAUCUCUGAAGAAAAUGAUUGGGAUGGAAUCUGGGGCCAGCAACCAAUCACAGUCCCUGAAGAACAGGAGUCUGUCAGAAUCUGGGGCUGGCAGCCAAUCACAGUCUUUGAAAAAUAGGGGUGGGUCAGAAAGGGGGGCUAGUAGCCAAUCGCAGUCUCUGAAAAACAGGGGUGGGCCGGAAUCUGGGGCCAGCAGCCAAUCGUGACAGACGUUACUGAGUUGCUAAUCUCUUGUGGACAGAUGAAACGGGCGAGAAUCUGUCAAGGCUCACGUAGAAUUAUGUGAUUACAAGCAGAAGUAGCUCCUCGUUUUGGGUUUACAUCAUUGAUUAUUUGGACAAAUCAGGAUUGGGUGAAGGCGGGGUUUAAACUGGUGCCGUGAUUUUCAAGCCUGUGUGCAGAUGAUAAACGGUUUCCACUAGAUUCCACAGCCACAAAGUCUAAAUCUAUUUUUUGUUUUUUGCCAUGAUUAACACUGGUGAAAUUAGGUUUGGCUGAGAGUUUCCGUUUGGGAAGGAGGAGACUUCGUUUCCUUUGCACAUAAUUAAUCAGAAUUGUUAACGGCAAUCCCCCCCAGAAGUAAAAUAUAUUAGAUAAUUUUACUUCUAAGUAACCGCGAUUACUGAGUUGCUAGCCUGUCCUAGAUUAUAGUGUGUCCCAAAUGCCACCCUAUUCCAUAUAUAGUGCACUUUGCGACACAGGCCUGAGUCUUACCCCCCAACCAUGGUCAGUGUAAACUUGAAAGCACUGAAACAGACCCCACUGGUCCGCACUGAGGGAUUUCAUCUGACCAUGGACCGUUCCAUAUGCUGCUCAAACAAACAAAUGUAUGUAGCUCUGAUCCAGGGGGUUACAUGUGGCUUGCUGAUGCUGAGACUUCAACAUCAGCAAGCUGCAUGUAACGCCCUGGAACAGAGCUAGGACGUACACUGAAGAGAAACCAAGAGUUCCACAACUCAGGGUCCCUAGAAUGUAGAUGUUAUUGACAUUUGUGUUUGGGAAUACAACUGGCUUACUUGAACAGUAUGUUUAUGGAAGAGAUAUUUUAUCUCAUAGCCCGGGGAUAUCUACGAUAGAUGAAUGUCAUUGCAGGUUAUUGUUCAGGGUGUAUUAUUUUGCAGUGCUGAACAGGGCACAUAGCCACAGAGCAGGGCGUAUUAUUUUGCAGUGCUGAACAGAGCACAUAGCCACAGAGCAGGGCGUAUUAUUUUGCAGUGCUGAACAGGGCACAUUGCCACAGAGCAGGGUGUAUUAUUUUGCAGUGCUGAACAGAGCACAUAGCCACAGAGCAGGGCGUAUUAUUUUGCAGUGCUGAACAGAGCACAUAGCCACAGAGCAGGGCGUAUUAUUUUGCAGUGCUGAACAGGGCACAUAGCCACAGAGCAGGGCGUAUUAUUUUGCAGUGCUGAACAGGGCACAUAGCCACAGAGCAGGGCGUAUUAUUUUGCAGUGCUGAACAGGGCACAUAGCCACAGAGCAGGGCGUAUUAUUUUGCAGUGCUGAACAGGGCACAUAGCCACAGAGCAGGGCGUAUUAUUUUGCAGUGCUGAACAACCUUCUCAAAAUUCAAGGAAUAAGGAAAGACUUCAGAGAUUCAUUCUCUCUGUCUCUCUCUCUGUGUCUGUGUCUGUCUCUGUGUCUGUCUCUCUCUCUGUCUCUCUCUGUGUGUCUGUCUCUGUGUCUGUCUCUCUGUCUCUCUCUGUCUCUGUCUCUCUCUGUCUCUCUCUCUAAUUCAAAUAAUAAUAAUCAAGAUUCUGCCCUGCAUGCAUUGUUUGUAGUUUUCCUCUGACAAUGUAGGAUAAUGGUACAGAACUCUGCAUGCAGGGUUUCAAUUAGGUGUUUGUCCCAUUGGGUAAAAUCUUUGCAAGUGGACCCCACACCUCGCUGCCAUAAAUUGCAAUUGGUUCAAUGACACCCAAUUAGUUUUAGCUAAUUGGUAUUUCAAUUUGAAUUGUUUUUUUAAUGGCGUAGAAUGCCCUGCAUGCUUUCUCUCUCAGUUCAUUCACUGACCCGCUUAGGUGUCCAGUUGAGCUUAUUUUUAAACGUAAGUAAUUGUAACCUAAACCUAAGUAAUCUCUCUCUCCCUCUCCUCCUCGGUCUUCUUCUCCCUCUCCUCCUCGGUCUUCUUCUCCCUCUCCUCCUCGGUCUUCUUCUCCCUCUCCUCCUCGGUCUUCUUCUCCCUCUCCUCCUCGGUCUUCUUCUCCCUCUCCUCCUCGGUCUUCUUCUCCCUCUCCUCCUCGGUCUUCUUCUCCCUCCUCCUCCUCGGUCUUCUUCUCCCUCCUCCUCCUCGGUCUUCUUCUCCCUCCUCCUCCUCGGUCUUCUUCUCCCUCCUCCUCCUCGGUCUUCUUCUCCCUCUCCUCCUCCUCGGUCUUCUUCUCCCUCUCCUCCUCCUCGGUCUUCUUCUCCCUCUCCUCCUCCUCGGUCUUCUUCUCCUCCUCCUCCUCGGUCUUCUUCUCCCUCUCCUCCUCCUCGGUCUUCUUCUCCCUCUCCUCCUCCUCGGUCUUCUUCUCCCUCUCCUCCUCCUCUGUCUUCGUCUCCCUCUCCUCCUCCGUCUUCUUCUCCCUCUCCUCCUCCUCUGUCUUCUUCUCCCUCUCCUCCUCCUCUGUCUUCUUCUCCCUCUCCUCCUCCUCUGUCUUCUUCUCCCUCUCCUCCGUCUUCUUCUCCCUCCUCCUCCUCCUCCUCUGUCUUCUUCUCCCUCUCCUCCUCCUCUGUCUUCUUCUCCCUCUCCUCCUCCUCUGUCUUCUUCUCCCUCUCCUCCUCCGUCUUCUUCUCCCUCUCCUCCUCCUCUGUCUUCUUCUCCCUCUCCUCCUCCUCUGUCUUCUUCUCCCUCUCCUCCUCCUCUGUCUUCUUCUCCCUCUCCUCCUCCGUCUUCUUCUCCCUCCUCCUCCUCUGUCUUCUUCUCCCUCCUCCUCCUCUGUCUUCUUCUCCCUCUCCUCCUCCUCUGUCUUCUUCUCCCUCUCCUCCUCCUCUGUCUUCUUCUCCCUCUCCUCCUCCUCAGGCCAUUUUGAGUGUGUAUUUUCUUUUUGUCAUCAAACAUUUCUGUUGAACAUUUUAAAUCCAUACAUUGACAUACCAGUAGUUUUAUUUUCAGGGAAAACAAAUAUAUAUAUAUAUAUAUAUAUAUAUAUAUAUAUAUAUAUUUAGUAUUGUUAAAGCAAGACCUGUGAGAAAGCUAAUAUCCACUGUACAAGGUAUUGUCUCAUUAAGCAUCAAUACGCUACAACGGGUUUCUUUUCACGUGUAUUACUGUUUACAGAGAACCCAAUCUAUUUUAAAUAUACCAUCAGCUUGACUUUUUUUAUUUGAGGGACCUGGGAAAAUGUUGUUUUGAAGCUCAUUUCCUGAAAUUCAAUGUAGUUUAACAAGACUCAUGACAUCUUUCAGAUAGGCUAUUUACAUAUGAAUAAGAAGAAUAGAUAAGGAAGAUAAAGUCUAGACCCAAGUUCCCCAAAUGUUUCCAAAUAUGCUUUAUGAUAAUUUAUAUGAACCCUCAAUGUAAUUAUACAUAUUCUCUUUUACAGAAAGUGAAUAGAUCAAUUGAUAGUGUGUGA